AUGGGAUCACAUGGUGCCGGUGCUUGCGAUUGCUGCGGCGGAGGUGGCGGUGGCAGCUCAUCCACCGCCAGCAACAACGGCAACAGCGUUGCACCGCAGCGUCAACAACAACAACAAGGAGAGCAUAGCAACAAUAACAGUCCACAACGACAACGGCCUCAGGCCCAACAACAACAACAACAACAACAAGAACAUCUACAAUUUCCGCCGCACAUGUUCGGCGCCGCUGCCGCGCUACACUUGCGACGCGAGCGCGAGCCGCCACAACUGCCGCCAUUGCCCAUUGUACCCAUUAUGCCGCCGCGCCCACCAGCUGCCCGGCAGCAAUCGCAACAUCACUUGGGCGUGCCGGCUGUGGCGAUUAUUGCACCGCGCGGCAGUCGACACCAGCAAACGCAAGACGCACAAAAUAACAACAACAAUAACAUAGUUGUUGGCGGCGGUGGCGGUGGCGGCGGCACCGCACAAGCGCAACACGCCAGCAUCGCGCACUACAUCAAUCAGGUGAAUAUGCAUAUGAAUAUCAACAACAACAACAACACCAACACGGGCGGCACUGGCAUUGUUGUUGUUGGCGGCACCACCGGUAGCACAACUGCAAACACGCUGAGCGUAAGCGUCACCAACGCCAGCGCAAAGCACAAUUAUAACAACAACAAUCACAUAUAUGUGAAUCCGCACUCGUACGAUAUGCAAACGGCGAGCGGUGCGGCACCGCGCAUGCAACAAAACAACAAUAACGCCGCGAACACAACCACCAACAGCAUCCAUAAUAACAACUUGAAUAGGAGCAACAGCAACAAUAACAUGCACUCGAAUACGAACACCAGCAACACGAGCAUCUCGCAACACACCACCGCCACCGGUUCGACCGCAGUCGCUCUGCCACCACAAGCACCAACAGCGAACGCGCACACGAAUCACACCCAACCACCGCCGCCGCAGAUCACCACAACCGGCGUCGGACCGCCGAACUUUGAUUGGCACUUCACGAACGGUAGCAGCACCGCCGGCGCCUUUGGCGGCUUUGAGCUGACGCGCCAAUUCACCUCCUCCACGCUGAGCACACUCAAUACAUAUCUAUUUCCGUGCGGCGCCGACUCCGCCGGCACCAUAGGCGGUGUUACGCUCAACAGCGGCAGUGGCUCGUGCGAUUUGGACAGCAACUUCAGUCAAAUGGUCGCCGGCAGCGAAGGCGGCGCCAGCUCCACCUUCAGCUCGGGCCUGGGCUUCAUUAACAAGCGGCGCAUACGCCGUCUCUUCGGUGUCGGCACACCGGAUCAUCGCUGCACUGGCGCGCAUGCCGCGGCUGUGCGGCGACGCAGCUCACCGCUGGUGCAUUUUCAAACGGCUGCUUUGGCUAAGAAGAAGCAACAACAAAUGGAACGCGAAGCAACUGUUGCUUCCGCAAAUGCGGCGCUGUUCGAACAGAAGAAGAAGAAAAAGAAGGAGAAGAAGAAACCGCCUGGUCCACCGCCGCAAGUGCGCGCGCAGGCCUCGCGUCAAAUGGAAGAUCCGAUGAUGAAUCGUCCGCGUCGCCAAAACACGCCGAGCACCAAGAAGGACAAAGAGAAGGAACAGCUGGAAUUUCAGUUGAAAAUAAUGCAACAGCUGCAGCAACAGCAAUUACAAAAGCAACAGCAACAAGAUGUCGAACUGGACAUGGAGUAUAUCUAUGAGAAGUACCCACUCGGCGCAUUUGCUGACGAUGACGAUUACGAAGAUGUUGAUGGCAAUGCGCAUAAUGAUGAUGACGACCAUGCUGAUGAUGAUGAUGGCUGUGUUGGGCAUAAUGACGAUGAGGAUAUGUGA